CAAAACAAAUUAAAAAUUGUCAAGGGAAUGGGAAAAGUGUUGUUCUGUAAGGCGGCCUCCUCCCUCGUCUUCCUGGUUCCCUCUCUUUCUUCGGCUCAACUCAGAUUUAACUCGGUCACUACCUGCUCAACCACACCGUCAAAUCCUAGAGUUCAUCGUAUGGCCACCGAAGCUUCGUCAUCAUCUUCGCCUGCCACCAACGGUAACGCUAUCAAUCAUCCUUCAUCAUCUGCAAAUGACCGCGCGGCCCCUUCUUCUGCUUCCUCUGCUAUUGAUUUUCUCUCUCUCUGUCAGCGCCUAAAGGUAUCAAUUUUCGUACCUUCUAUUAGCAGCCAAACGGAGCAGAAGGCUCCUCCACCAUUGUGCACCAUUGUUGGAGAUAUAACACCAUCAGAUGGUGUCUCAAAGGAGGAAAAGAGUCGCAGAGAGCAGGAAGCAUUAAAUUACAUGUGCAAUAUACUAGGUGGAGGACCAAGAGCAAAGGAGAUUGCUGAAUUAUGGACAGAAUAUGAAAACAAUUCCUCCCCAGAAGCUAAAAUUGUCAAGGACUUUGAUAAGGUAGAGAUGAUACUGCAGGCCAUGGAAUAUGAAAAUGGGAAGUUCCAAACUGAACUGGGCAAAUCCUGGGCUUUGGAAAUAGCAUCAAGGAGAAAGCAAGGACAAUAGUUUUACAGUUUUUACCUGAAAAAUCUUUAUCACGGCCUGCCAUAUCCACCUUGAGCUGAUCUUUUAGGGCACAGUUAGUAUUCAAUUAUCAAGUUGUUCGAACUAAUUUUGACGUAAGAGAACACCAGAUGAAUUGCUUAGUUGGAAUUGCAGGAUACUGCUAUGCUGGCUUAUUUAUGAGCCUCUAAAUCCCCCUUCGAUUUCAUAUCCCUCGAAAAAAAAGUUCGUAGAGGCUAUCUUUUUGCAUAAUUUUCAGAAAGUUGUCUGGUAUAAGAUAAGGCAACAAUAGUAUUCCAUUCC